AUGGUACGUUCCUUCUCUCCUUUAUUUCUUUAUUAUUACGUUCUUAUUAUUUCUUUAUUAUUACGUUCUCAUUAUUUCUUUAUUAUUACGUUCUUAUUAUUUCUUUAUUAUUACGUUCUUAUACGUUCCUUCUCUCUUUUUAUUUCUUUAUUAUUACGUUCUUAUUAUUUCUUUAUUAUUACGUUCUUAUACGUUUUCUUCUCUCUUUUUUUAUUUCUUUAUUAUUACGUUCUUAUUUCUUUAUUAUUACGUUUCUUUAUUAUUACGUUCUUAUACGUUCCUUCUUCUCUCUUUUAUUUCUUUAUUAUUACGUUCUUAUUAUUCCUUUAUUAUUACGUUCUUAUACGUUCCUUCUCUCUUUUAUUUCUUUAUUAUUACGUUCUUGUUAUUUCUUUAUUAUUACGUUCUUAUACGUUCCUUCUCUCUUUUAUUUCUUUAUUAUUACGUUCUCAUUAUUUCUUUAUUAUUACGUUCUUAUUAUUUCUUUAUUAUUACGUUCUUAUACGUUCCUUCUCUCUUUUAUUUCUUUAUUAUUACGUUCUUAUUAUUUCUUUAUUAUUACGUUCUUAUACGUUCCUUCUCUCUUUUAUUUCUUUAUUAUUACGUUCUUAUUAUUUCUUUAUUAUUACGUUCUUAUACGUUCCUUCUCUCUUUUAUUUCUUUAUUAUUACGUUCUCAUUAUUUCUUUUAUUAUUACGUUCUUAUUACGUUCUUUCUCUCUUUUAUUUCUUUAUUAUUACGUUCUCAUUAUUUCUUUAUUAUUACGUUCUUAUACGUUCCUUCUCUCUUUUAUUUCUUUAUUAUUACGUUCUUAUACGUUCCUUCUCUCUUUUAUUUCUUUAUUAUUACGAUCUUAUUAUUUCUUUAUUAUUACGUUCUUUCUUUCAUUAUUUUAUUUUUCUUUCCUUCCUUCUUUCCUUUACUCCUGCUGGUCUCCAUCCAAAUCUUCUUCUAUAUCUUCAUUUUUUUUUAAAUAGUCAAUAUUCUAUUCUUUUUCCUUCUUCUCUUUCUAUGUUUCUUCCAUCCUUCACAUAUUUUACCUGUAAAAUAGUCUCUUAA